UUUCACCGUUGUCUCUCACCCGUUGUUGACCCGUUGUGAAUGAAUGAACUAGAAUGAAGUUUCUCAUUCUCAAUUGUGAAUUGUGAAGUUAGGACUCAGCCAAAGAAAGUUAACGCUCGAUUCUUUUUGAUUUAAAAUUUAUAUUAAAUCUAGAGUAACUUAUUGUGAAACGUUUUCUUUUAAACUUGUUUUUAAUAAAACAUAAUGGCAAUGCAACCGCAUAGUAAAAAGAGAGUGUGCUAUUACUAUGAUAGUGACAUCGGGAACUAUUAUUAUGGACAAGGCCAUCCUAUGAAACCUCAUCGUAUACGCAUGACUCACAAUUUGCUAUUAAAUUAUGGUCUGUACAGGAAAAUGGAAAUAUAUAGACCACACAAAGCUACUGCCGAUGAAAUGACUAAAUUUCAUUCUGAUGAUUAUAUUCGCUUCCUGAGAUCUAUAAGACCAGACAACAUGUCAGAAUAUAAUAAACAAAUGCAACGAUUUAACGUCGGUGAAGAUUGUCCAGUAUUUGAUGGUUUGUAUGAAUUUUGUCAACUCUCUGCUGGAGGUUCUGUAGCAGCUGCAGUAAAAUUAAAUAAACAGGCAUCAGAGAUUUGCAUUAAUUGGGGUGGGGGACUUCACCAUGCAAAGAAAUCUGAGGCCUCAGGUUUCUGCUAUGUCAAUGAUAUAGUUCUUGGAAUAUUGGAACUUCUGAAAUACCACCAAAGAGUUUUGUACAUUGAUAUAGACGUACACCAUGGUGAUGGUGUAGAGGAAGCAUUCUAUACCACAGACAGAGUUAUGACAGUAUCAUUCCAUAAGUAUGGAGAAUAUUUUCCAGGCACAGGUGAUUUACGAGACAUUGGUGCCGGAAAGGGUAAAUACUAUGCAGUCAAUAUCCCCUUGAGGGAUGGUAUGGAUGAUGACUCUUAUGAGUCAAUAUUCGUGCCUAUCAUAUCUAAAGUUAUGGAAACUUUCCAACCAAGUGCUGUAGUCCUGCAAUGCGGGGCCGAUUCACUUACAGGAGACAGACUGGGGUGUUUUAAUCUGACUGUUCGUGGACAUGGCCGCUGUGUGGAAUUAGUAAAGAGAUUUGGACUACCUUUCUUACUUGUUGGAGGGGGAGGCUAUACAAUUCGUAAUGUAUCACGCUGUUGGACUUAUGAGACCUCUGUUGCACUUGGAGUUGAAAUAGCCAAUGAACUUCCGUACAACGACUACUUUGAGUACUUUGGACCCGACUUCAAACUACACAUAUCUCCUAGCAACAUGUCUAAUCAAAAUACACCAGAGUAUUUAGAAAAGAUCAAAAACAGACUGUUUGAGAAUUUGAGAAUGUUGCCUCAUGCACCUGGAGUACAGGUGCAAGCCAUUCCUGAAGAUGCUGUAAAUGAUGAAUCUGAAGACGAAGAUAAAAUUGAUAAAGACGAAAGGCUACCCCAAAGUGAAAAGGAUAAGCGUAUAACCGGUGACGGAGAGCUCUCUGACUCCGAAGACGAGGGCGAGGGCCGGCGCGACAACCGCUCGUACCGCGCACCGCAGCGCAAACGACCGCGCCUCGAUAAAGAUUCUUUACAAGUCAAGGAUGACGUCAAAGUUGAAGACAUAAAAGAUGACGUUAAAAACUUGAGUAAUAUGGAAGAACCAAAGAAAGAGGUGCUACCUACUGCCUGAUCCACACGAUAAGUUGUAUUAAGACAUUGAUUGCUUACACUUGGUUCCUGCACUAGUGGUUUGUGAACACAAGUCUCAACUGUGAACUAUAAUAAAUGUUUUGUGGUCGUUUUUUUUUGUGAGUCUACAUUGACUAAGUGUAUAGAGAAUGAUAGUUGUCACUAAUUAGGCUACAAUUAAUUUAUAAGUGAAUUUUAAAGUGAGGGAAUAAGCUGUUAAUGGAUGAAUUGAUUCACAACAGUCAUUACAGGUAUUCUUCAAUUGUAGAAACCUGAGUAAACUUGAAUAAAAUGUUUGAUAUUCAGAUUGAAUAGCAAUAUAAAAUCAACGUUUUAACAAACUUUUACUAUUAUAAUUACUUAACUAUUAUAAUUUUGAUAAAGUAUGUUGUAAAUAUUUUGUCAUUUCGAUAGGUGUGAUACACAGGCUAUUCAAUAGAAAAACAGAUAAUUUUAAAUAAUAACGUUGUUUAAAAAAAAGAUUGCUUUAAGUAUAAAAAUGUAUGUAUUGUUAGCAAUUAUAAUGGCAAUUAAGUGCCCCUAUUACUAUUAUUAUUAUUAUUUGCAUACUAUACCUGGGUAACUGAUAUUUUCAUAAUUAGUUAUCAUGUAAAAGUAAUUAAAAGUAAUUUAUUGUGAGGGAGUUAAUAAAACCACUGUUUUUAAUAUUUUACCUUUUUUUUCUAAAUUGUGUAGAGAAAAUAUAUCUACCUUAUUAACUGCCUUACCAAAUAAAGAGCGCAUGUUUGUAUUUGUUUCGAAAAGAAGUGUCCACACUAUAUAAGACUUUGUAGACGAAUUUGAUAAGUAGUAGUUAAUUAGUAUUUUUAAAGCCUGUUUACGGUUGGUCAUAAAGUUUAGCUCAUUCAUAAGCUAUUGGCUGCCUUUUAAUAGCAGGACACCACUACAUAAACGACCACUUUCAUUCAUUGAUUUAAAAUAGAAUAAUUAAUUUGUUCCUUAUAAAGAUAACAUUGGGUAAUUUUUGAAUAUCAGAUAUUUUAUCAGCGACUGGACGACUAUGAAACAAGGCUUUAAUUUAGUGUUUUUAAAUGUGACACGUAAACAUCAAUUCUUAUAUCAUUGAGUUUCUAGAAUGUUUAAAAGAAUCAUUCUGUUUAGAUUUGUUUAAACCUAUCUGUCUUUACAAGUUACUAAAAUCACCAAAAAGUGAAUAAAUUAAUUAAGUGAAACAUACAAUAUUUAAGAAUUUGUUUCCUGUAGUCAUUAGUCAAUAAUAUAAAAAUAACUAGCGCGUCGUUAGCAAGGCUCCGAUAGACGAUUUUUCUGGCAAUAGGAACUGAAUUUCAAAUAAAAGUUACUGUUGUAUUACUAACAAUGAGUCUCAUUACAAUUCUACAUUUAUGAUGCAAAUGCUUCCAGAUAAUACAAAUGUUGAACAACUCUCUCGUAAAACAUAAUCAUUAAUGCGCUGUGUCUUUAUUAGUGAUUAUGUUUCAUAUUAUUCAUUAAUUAUCACGUUUAUAAUGCAAAUAUAAUGAAAUAAUGUAGGAUUAUCUAGGCGUGUAACUUUAAUAUGUAUGUCAUUUUGUGUUCUUAAUGUAAUUAAUGAUGAAAUAAAAUGUAUACAUAUGUCUUAAAAAAUAUAUAUGUAUGCAUUUUGUUUCUCUUAUUGAUUUUCUGCAGCAAUUAUGGUAUGCUAUUUUUUUUUCUAAAGUGCAUUUCAAAGUAAUUAUAGCAAUGUUUGAAUGGUGCAGACAGACUGAUUAAUGUUGUUUUAGGAUAUCUAAAAAUUGACGCAUUGACUUCUUAUAUGAUGAUCGUAGUAUUCCGUGGAGAUACAAAGCAUCCUAAUUAUAUAAAUGUGUUUUUUUACUUUGAUUCUAACUCUAACUACGUUUGAUUUGUUCACAAAUAUAUAUUAAUAAAAUGGAAUAAUAUGUUCGUCAUAUAUAAGUGGUAUACACAUUAAGAAUCUUUGAACUAAGAAAUGUUUUACAAUCUCUGACUGAACCUAUUAAAAAAACUUGAAUAUAAAAUUUAGCGAAAUACUUUUUAUUUAUUUCAAUUUUUUUUUUUUUAAUUUUUUAAAUGUAAAAUUAUUGUAUCAUACUAAUACUUUCUUACCUCACUUAUUGUACAUGAAUAGUUUAUCAGCCAUACUCAACUGUAUGUGUUUAGGCUUGGUAUAAAUAAAACAUUCUUUCAUCAAGGAUUCUUGUGAAUCUUCAUACACAUUUUUAUAAAUUAUCUUUAGACGUAAUUUCGAUAUUAUUAAAUAGGAAAAUAAUAGAUAAGUUUUAUUUUUAUAUUUAAAUUUUAUAAGUAAAUAAUCUGAUAUAAAUCAUUUUCAAUUACUGUAAAACAAUUUUAGAUAAGGAUAAACUAUGCAGCAAGGCUUUGUUAACUUUAAUUGAUUUUCAUGAACACAAAUGUAUACUGUGUACCUCAUCAAGACAUCUUUUAUAAUGUGAAAAUGCUUUUUGUUCAUUUAUGUGAUCGUGUUUUCUACUCAGAAAUAUGACAGAAUUAUUAUAACAAUUUUCAACAAAUAUUGUUUUAUAUCUUUAAAAAUCUGUCUACUAAAACUUCUGUACAAUAUACAGACUAUAGGCGAAUUAAAAUUUGCAGUUUUGUUAUUAUGUCUGAAUAAUGCGAUAUUCUUUUUCUUAAAACAAAACAAUGUAAAUGUUCGUUCAGGAUUAGAUAAGACUGUAAAUAUUUUUGUUAAAUACAUGAAUUUCUCCAAUAA